AUGGCUUAUUCGACAGAAACAGACUGGUCUUUGUUCACUUUAUUGGAUCAACAUGCAUUGGCCCUCAGAAAAACUUCAGCAAAACUCCAUGUGGCCAGCCUCAGUUGUGAAAUCUCUAGCUCCGAGGUACUGAGAGGAAUAGAAAAUGUUAUUGAAGAUGUUAUCAUGAGUUUGUCCAAAAAUAAAGCACCUAUUCUUAUCUUAAGAAACAGAUCUGACUGGGGAAAUAUACAUUUUACAGAAGCUGUAGGUUUGCAGAUGAUAUCGAAUUGUACCACACAACAAAUAAGAAGUGACAGCCCUAAAUCAGCACCAAAGUUUGCUUUGUUUCUUAAAAUAUUAUCUAUAAUCUACAAGAUGAUUCAGACAAAUACAUAUGCAACAAAAAGAGAUAUCUUUUACACCGAUACAGUACUUUUUGGUAACCAGAGGGUUGUGGACAAUAUUAUAAAUGACAUUUCCUGUAUGCUCAAGAUACCCAGAAGGACUCUACAUAUUCUCUCCACUAGCAAAGGGUGCAUUGCUGGUAAUCUUAGUUAUAUUGAGGAGGAUGGUACAAAAGUAAAUUGUACUUGCAGUAUCACAACACCUGUACCAUCUAAUGUAGAAGGAAUAAGAAAUUUGAUUACAGAUGCAAAAUUUAUUCUAAUUAUAGAAAAAGAUGCAACUUUUCAGAGACUGUUAGAUGACAACUUCUGCUGUAAAAUGUCCCCAAGUAUAAUAAUUACGGGAAAAGGUGUACCAGAUAUCAAUACAAGACUACUAGUCAGAAAAUUAUGGGAUACUUGUCACAUACCAAUUUUUGCUCUCAUGGAUGCUGACCCACACGGUGUUGAAAUAAUGAGUAUCUACAAAUAUGGAUCUGUGUCUAUGUCGUUUGAAGCCCAUCGCCUCACAGUUCCAGCUGUAAGAUGGCUUGGCCUCCUUCCAUCUGACGUUUAUCGGCUGAAUGUUCCCAAGAGUGCACUAAUUCCACUGACUAAAGAAGAUCAGAGUAAACUAACUGCUUUACAGACAAGACCAUAUAUUGUUCAUGAGUCAGCCUGGAAAAAAGAAUUAGAUAUUAUGGAAACAUCUAAAAUGAAGGCUGAAAUUCAGGCUUUGACUUCAUUUUCAACAGAUUAUCUUUCUAGGGUAUAUUUACCAAACAAGCUGCAAUUCGGUGGAUGGAUCUGA